ACAAAGCAGUAUUCAGGAGCUGACAGGGGAGAGAUCUGUAUUUUUUAUAUACAGGUCUCUCCUCCAUUGGUAAUUCCCCGCCGGCACCCGGUGAUCGACAGUGAAACACCGAUCGUCGGACGGGACCUCUGUACGAGGUCCCGAUCAUGUGAUCACUGAUUGGCAAAUCAGUGAUCACAUGCGAAGUAGUAAGCAAGAUGUCACUUGUGACAUCAUUGCUUACUACGUGUGAAAUCUGUGAAUGAUCACAGAGGUCACAUGGUACAAGGCUAUUCACAACAGCCUUGUACCAUGUGACAAGCUGUGACCACUCACAGCUCACUCAGUA